CAUAAACAGUAUUUAAACCUCUCCUUAGGGACCAGACGGCAAGAACAAAAAGCCAAUUUCAUAAAACUAUGCACCCGACUGCAGGCCAUAACAAUAAAUGAGCAAAGCUCCAGAACCUGAUGCCUCGCCCUAUUGCACUUUUCACAUGUCAUGACAACAAAUAUUUUAAAUCCAUUGCCACGCAAGUUCUUGGUACUAUUAAUUUGGAAAGUAGUCUUGCGGCAAUGGAAAUAGUGUGAGUGAUCGCAGUUUAUCGCGAGAAUAUCAUGGUAAGGGAAUCUGCAAGAGUCCAACACAUACAAGCAAUAGUGUGGCGAUGUGGAGGCUUCGAGUGCACACUGCUAAAAUUACCAUAGUGCAGAGCGCGCCAGUCUGCCCCGUGCCGCCGCCAGCGACGCCCGUACGCCGGCGCGCGCCGCCGACCGACACAUCGCGAAAAAAGUUUACACACGAAACUUUCAAAAGACUUUCCUUUCAACCCGAACAUUGUUGAACUGGAACUGUCUAAUCUCCCGAACCCAAAACGUGGAAAGUGACCUUUCUUCAAACCGGAAUCUAGAAACAGGUUCCCGGCUGACGCAGGACUUUCGUGAAGUGCUAACUUGAUUUUCAGAGUGCAGUGUUCAGUGUAAGUGACUGGAUUUUUAAGAUCCCAUUUAAGGAAGGCUGGACUCUAAGUCAAGAACACCUUGUUGAGGUCGGCUCAGUAAACGUGCUUUUGACAGUUUCAAGCAUGCCGCCGCCCGCGUGAGGCUAUGAGCGGUCGCGGAGUGGGGGGGCAGCGCUGCCAGCUGAUCCUGCAGCGUUGCCUCGCGAUACAGCUCACCAAGCCCGGCAACGCGCCCGAUGACUUCUGGAUGUAUGACUCUGGAUAUCUAUUAUUCCAGAGUUUCCUAGCAGCAAACGCAAAAUGCUGGUGGGUGGGUGCGCUAGCUGCGGCGACUGCCGAGCUUCGAUACGCUGGCUACGUGGCCCCAGGGGUUCUGCUCGUGGCUGGGGCCCCCCGCGCACUCGAAAUUGUCCGGGGGGCGUAUUCCAGAUCCGUGCUUAAGCCUCCUCCCACGUACCUAAUUUGUGGUUUGGAUACAAUUGCGCUCACGUUUCCGCCCACCGGCACCGCUCGCAGCAACCUUGCAAGGACGACCAUUGUCCUAGUCUCUUUGUAA